CGCUAUUCGAGUGGCCAUGUUUCCUGAUAUAUCCUUCCUCUUGAUAACCUCUGAUUACAUAGAUUAAUCCCCAGCCACAUAGAUUCCUCCCCCAUCACCAUGCUCCGCUCCCUCCUAUCGCUGAGUGGCAUCCAACGCAACAACUAUCUCUUUCCUACGGUGGACCCGGCCCAGGAUGGCGCAGACUGCAAGAAAGACUGCGCCGAUUGCACAGCCCAGUUCCCCCCGAAGGUCAAAAUUGAAUCGUUGACGCCUCUCUACGGCCAUCUGAAACCGCUGAACACCCACGUUCUGGUAGCGACCGGCAAGUCCGACUGGAAGCAGCAUGUCGAGGAAGAACGAGGCAGCCUGAUGGAAGCGUUUGAUCGCGCCUCUAUAAAAUCCAAGCAUGGGGUAUGCUCUUGUUCUUGCCCUCCCUCCGCACCCAGCUAACGAGAAUGUCCAGAGAAUCAUGGUCUCCGCAUCGAAUCUCCAGGAACCAGAGCACGACGCAGACUCCGACACCCAGACCCCACAAGGAAGCACAGUCUUGCUCCUACCGUCCUUCACAUUCGUCGACUCGGUGCAAAGCGACGAUGUCAAAGAGCUGGUAGACUGCUUCAUCGACGUGCCCCAAUCCAGCGCCGAUGGAAAACCAGCCAAUUCUCGACUCUCAUAUCGACCCUGCCAAUACGACUACGUGGUGCUGCUCUGCUCGCACAAGCGACGAGACGCGCGCUGUGGCAUCACGGCGCCGCUGAUCAAGCGAGAACUCGAACGCCAUCUGCGCCCCCUGGGUUUAUACCGCGACGCGGACGACGAACGGCCGGGCGGUGUGGGCAUUUUCUUCGUGUCGCAUGUCGGUGGGCAUAAGUUCUCGGCGAAUGUUUUGAUCUACCGCAAGAAGGAAGAGCAAUUGAUCUGGCUGGCAAGAAUUAAGCCCGAGCAUUGCGAGGGCGUGGUCAAAUAUACCCUGCUACAGGGGAAGGUGGUGCAUCCCGAAUCGCAGCUGCGAGGGGGAUUUGAUAAACAGCGGGGGUUGACGAGUUGGUGAUGGCAUUUUUAUUGCAUUGAGCGGGUUCAAAGACAAGACAUAUGUAUAAUAAACUAAAACUAAUCAAGAUAGACCAAUAACGAAGGAUAU